CUGGAGGACUGGAGUUUGACACACCCCUUUCAGGUCUUUUCAUUUUAUCUUCAUGUUACUAUUGAAAAGUUUGAGGAUUCAUAGUGAAAACAAGCAAAUCCAAAGGAUAGUCAUUAAACAAAACCCGAUGAAUGGCAAAAAAAAAAAAAGGAAGAUUAACAAGACUGUAGGUGAAAUAAAAUAAGAAUUGGAAGAGAUUAAAACUUGGAACAUACAGGACUUUUUGCACUUCUUAAAAUACAAAUGCAUAACAGAGGCAAAUGUGAUCACUGCAGUGUACGAAACCACAGAACAUGUUAUCUGAAAUAUAACAUGUUUAUAUUCUGAAAUAUAAAGAGAAGAUAGGAGAAAAUCUGAAAAAUAAGGCAACGUUUAGUAUAGAUGCAGUGGAAAAAGAAUCAUUCUAAUUUGAGGUUUUCAUUACCUUCUAAAUGAACCAACAAAUGGUUAAAAUGUAUCACAUAAUCAUACAAAUGUACAGAGGUGCACCUAUAAUAUGAGCCCAGAUAGAAGUCAACUGUUAGGCCCCGCAGUAAAAGUCUUCCACCUGUUGAAUCAUUCAAUUAUAUUUAGAAAUGUAUUGCAUUAUUAAACAGAGUUUAUAGAAUUAUUUGAAUUAUCAAUGUGGCAAAUAAUUAGCAACCAGCAGGGCUAUCUGAGGGGUGGGUGUAGAUAGAAAGCAACUUUAGACAAAUUCACGGCCGCUGCAUGCCUAGCGCUGACUCAAAAACUAGAGUACAUGCAUUGAUUAUCAUGUGACCAUUACACAAAUCUUUACUUUUUGAGAUCAAAAUGCUAAAUGACAAGAAGAGACAGACAAUCUGUCGAAUUUAUUAAAGUUCAGUCAGCCUUUGGAAGAAAAAGCAUGAUUAUCAGAAAUAAACAAAAGGCGCUUGCUUUGAUGAGUAAUCUCCAACUAAGGUGUUGAUUUUCAACUAAAACUCCUCCUUUGCUUGUUCCUCAUCAGUUCUGGCCGAGUCAUUCGCCAGUUGACCGUUAAGGAAUGGACCUCACUGCUGGCGCAGAACCCUCCUCUGUAGCUGGUCCCACGAGAUGAUGAUGUGGGCAGGCUCGCACCUGCUUCCAAUAAAAAGUGAUCACAUGUCCCUUGACACAUUUCACCGGUAGAUCUUUUUGCAGGUAGUGGCAGAGUGGAAGCUCAUUUCAGGCUGAAAAGCAUUAGGUUUCUCCUUGAAAUCAAAGCUUUUCCUCAGUAAGAGUUUGAUUUCACCAAAAUGGAAAGUGAGGACAUGCAGCCUGCUGACAUGGAUCUGACUGGGGAGUUUUCUGUCUUCAGUCCUUCACUCCAACAGGCUGUGAUGUCUUCUGGCGCUGAGCGGCAGAUGAUGCAAAUUUACCUCCGAGUUCGGCCCUUUUCCAAAGAGGAGCUCUCUGGCAACGAGGAUCAGGACUGUGUUGUGAUUGACGAUGGCCAGACGGUGACUCUGAACGCACCGAAGGGAUCUGCCACCAUGAAGAGCAGCGAGAAAGGAGUUGGCUUGUCGAUCCACAAGUUCUCCUUCUCAAAGGUUUUUGGACCCCAGACAACACAAGGCGAACUCUUCGAGGACACGGUGAGAAGCCAAGUGUUUGAUUUCUUGGCAGGAGAAAAUACUUUGAUAUUCAGCUAUGGCGUAACCAACGCUGGGAAAACCUUCACAAUCCAAGGAACACCAAAAGAUCCGGGAAUUCUUCCACGGGUGCUGGAUGCCGUCUUUAGCUACAUCGGAGGUCUUCAGUACGAGGGAAUGGACCUAAAGCCAUAUCUGAUGAAUGGCGCCCAGUUUCUGGAUGCCGACCAAGUCAAGCAGGAGAGAACUGCUAAAAUGACCGUUCUUGCUUCAAUCAAAGACGAUUGCGAUCAUCAAAGACUCGGCAGUAGUUCAGAGCCCUCGAUCUCUUCAGAUAUCACUCUUUCAUCUUUGUCUUCAUCCAACAAUCUGACAGAAACCAGUGGUGACCAGUUUGCCCUGUGGGUGGCGUUCUUUGAAAUCUACAACGAGUGUGUGUAUGACCUCCUCCAGCCGUCCCAGUCCAAGAAACGCUCCUCUCUCCGCGUGUGUGACGACGGGGCUGGAAAUGCUUAUGUGAAAGACCUCAAAUGGAUUAACAUCCAGAACCUGAGUGAAGCCAACAAACUGCUCCAGUUUGGAAAUAGAAACAGAAGUGCUGCAACCACUAAGAUGAACCAGUCAUCCAGCAGAAGUCACAGUAUAUUCACCAUGAAGUUGCUGAAGAUCGAUGGACGAACAGUGGAAAGGAUUUCUGAGUUCUCCCUCUGCGACCUGGCUGGUUUGGAAAGAUGCAACAAAGCGAAGACGUUCGGAGAGCGGCUCAAGGAGGCUGGGAACAUCAACAAUUCCCUCCUUAUUUUGGGAAAAUGCAUCAGCUCCCUCCGUAGUGGUCAGGCUGACGGAGCGAAGGUUGCCUACGUUCCGUUCCGAGAAAGCAAACUCACCAAGCUCUUCCAGGCUUUCUUCUGCGGCAAAGGUAGAGCCACGAUGAUCGUCAACAUCAACCAGUGUGCGUCCACUUACGACGACACCCUCCAUGUUAUGAAGUUCUCUGCCAUUGCCAAACAGGUGGUGCAGGUGAUUCCAAACAAACCUGCGGAGCCUUCAGUCCCUUGUCUGGUCGGUCGGGAUGGGAAGCCACUGAUGAGGAAUGGCGUUCUGGAGGGCCACCCGUCCGAAGACGAGCUGUUUGAAGAGGACGAUCUGGACAUGUCUUUGCUGCCACAAAAUGAGCUUCUGAACAUAAUUGAAAACCUGCGAACUAAAUUUCUUGCCGAGCGAAGGAAGAACCUGGUCCAAGAAAUGGAAAUCCGUAAAGAAAUGGGGGACGCCAUGCUGCAGCAGCUCCUGGAGAGCGAAGAACUCCGCAUCCGGCAGAUUGAGGAGCUGAAAGAGAGUUAUGCAGAAAAACUGGAGAACACGUUUGAGAUGUACAAAGAUGUGAUCAAGGAGCACGCUUAUCAGUGUGCCAUGAGCAACCUGGAGGAUAACUAUGUGCCGCUUGAUGAGUUCACUGCUGAACAGGAGAAAGCUGAGGUGCUCAGACGUAAAGUGUCUGAGUUGGAGGACUUGGGAAGAUGCGUUUCUCCACUGCUGAGUGUGGAUCAGUGGUGUCAGACGGAACCGUUGACGGAUCCAGGAGAAACGGACGAUCGAAUCAAACAUCUUCGCCAAGAAAACGGCGUCCUUGAGAAAAUGUGUGAGGAUAAUAAACAGUUAAUUUUAUAUUUGGAGAAAAGGUUGGUGGAUCUUAACCAAACUCUGCACCACGUCCGGGAUGAUUUUCUGGAGAAAUCGGCUGAUGCGGAGGCUCUGCGGAAGACUGUUGACGAACAGUCCAAAUCCAUGGGAGAGGUUCUGUGCCAGAACGCUGAAAAGGACGAGGAGAUCGCCUCGCUUAAGGCUGAAAUCGAAAAGCUUUCCCAGAAGUCUCCAGUGCAGCUCAAGACCAGGACCAGGAGAGGCCUGCUGGCCAACAUCAAGGAGUCAGUUUCAUCCCCUAGGAGGGGCGCGUCCAGCUACAGCCUCGUGAAGCCUCCCAGGACUCCCAAGUGCUGAACGUCCCACCGUCUGUGCUUUGCAUAGGUGUUUUUAAAUGUUAACUUUGUAUCUUAACUAACUCUGCAAAAUGUCUGAGUUUCUUGAACUGAAAAGCUCUACAGAAGGUUUCGAAUGUAAUUCAUUUCCAGAUCUUGUAUUUUUACACUUUAAAUGUUUUUGCUUAUUAAAAUUCUAUUGUUGAUUCUUGA